AUGUUGAAAGGCGUCUUCAAGGAGAUGACAUCCCAUGAAGAAGCGAAGCUUCCACAAGAGCAAGAUCACAGCACACUGGAAAAGCCUCUGACCAAAAAAAGUUCACACAAAUCGUCACAAGGAAAUGUGGUACCCUAUUCGCGAUUCGGCGUGCGAGAAAAGUACAUCAUGGUUUUUAUAUGUGCAUCCAGCGGUAUUUUCUCGACCAUCGCGGGCCCUAUAUACUACCCAGCCCUGAACACAAUCGAAAAUGAGUUUCACAUAAGCACAGAGCUCGUAAAUGUGUCUGUGGUACUGUACUUCGUGUUUCAAGGCCUGGCUCCCACGCUCAUGGGCGGCUUAGCAGAUUCGUUUGGACGUCGUCCCGUUGUGCUAUGGUCUGUAACGCUGUAUUUCGUGGCCUGCAUUGGCUUGGCAUGCGCCAAGACCUACGGCGAAAUCCUAUUUCUUCGGUGCUUGCAGAGUGCAGGCAUUUCUCCGGUGAUCGCUGUCAACAGCGGGAUCAUGGGCGACAUCACCACUCGCGAACAGAGAGGCGGAUACGUUGGCCUCACUUCUGGCUUCCAGAUAGUGGGAUCUGCAUUUGGCGCACUAAUAGGCGGGGGGCUUUUGUCUGAAUGGAGUUGGAGAGGCAUCUUUUGGUUUUUGGCAAUAGGCUCCGGGAUUAGUUUGAUUUUUACCUCUCUAGUACUGCCCGAAACUAAGCGAACUAUUGUCGGGAAUGGGUCCAUCACUCCCCGUCUGAUCUGGUCACGGGCUCCCAUUUUUGCGUUACCUGCGUGGAGGAAGAAGCUUCAUCUGGAUAAUCCUGACUACGAAACGCUGGUCCCAGCCGAGAAACUUAAUCUACUGACGCCACUAACCUUAUUUCUUCGCCCUGAAAUAGCGCUUCUUCUUUUGGUGACCGGUCUGCAGUUCUCACUGUGGGUGACGCACCUGACAGCCAUGGCAUCGCUGCUGGAAAAAGACUACCAUUUGAGUGUUGCCAAGGUAGGGCUAUGCUACUUGCCCAGCGGCAUCUGCACUUUAAUUAGCGUAGCAAGUGCAGGCAGAAUCCUGAAUUGGAACUACAAACGCCGGUUUUCAAGGCACCAAGUGUUUUUGCGAAACACGCGGGCCAAACUACUGGAAGAGCAUGGCCACGAUGAUAAAAAGGUGGAUAAAAUCCUGGCUGAGGACAUUGCAUAUGCCUUUAACAUCUUUUCCGCCCGCCUGGAGAUCAUUUUCGCGCCAUUGUUGCUGAGCGGCACGGGAUUUAUAGUGUUUGGCUGGUGCCUGGGCGCACAUCAACACUUGGCCGUCGUGCUGGUGUUCAGCGGGUUUGCGUCGCUAUUUUCAAACUGCGUCAUCGCCUGUGCUACUACUCUAGUCGUUGAUCUGUAUCCACAGAAAUCGUCUACUGCUACUGGAUGUGUCAAUUUCGCACGUUGCAUCAUGGCUGCUGUGUUUGUCGCCACGCUUAACAAGAUGAUGAGCUCCAUGACCGUGGGAGGUACUUUCACAUUUCUGGCUGGUCUCACAAUGACAUCAACUGCCGCUCUCCUCGUGCCAAUCAGGUAUGGCAUGCAAAUGAUGCACAACCGCACGAUGAAAGAGGAAGAGGCGCAGAACGGGGACGCUGACGACGACGAAGCCGACACCGAUGAACAACACGACGAGGCUUACCAUCCUUCCCAAGACGAUUCCAGCGCCGAAGGGUCUCACAACGUCGACAUGCUCAGACGCAUGUCCACGGUUCAUUCCUCGACCAUAGCCACGUGA